UUAUUUUAGGACUCUUUCAGAGUUUGGAGCCUCUUCCAAUGGGUGGGCCAGACUUUGGUGCCUUGGGAGAGGAAGCUGAACUGGUUGAAGUUGAACCUGAGGCCAAGCAGGAAAUUCUCGAAAACAAAGAUGUGGUGGUUCAGCAUGUGCACUUUGAUGGACUUGGAAGGACCAAAGAUGACAUUAUCAUGUAUGAAAUAUCUGAUGUUUUCAAGGCUAAAAAUCUCAUUGAUGUGAUGAGAAAAUCACAUGAAGCCCGUGAAAAGUUGCUUCGUCUAGGAAUCUUUAGACAGGUAGAGGUUCUGAUUGAUACCUGUCAAGGAGAUGAUGCCCUCCCAAAUGGUUUAGAUGUAACCUUUGAGGUAACAGAAUUGAGAAGACUAACUGGGAGCUAUAAUACUAUGGUUGGCAACAAUGAAGGCAGUAUGGUACUUGGGCUCAAGUUCCCAAAUCUCUUUGGACGUGCAGAAAAGGUAACCUUCCAGUUCUCCUACGGAACAAAGGAAACUUCAUAUGGCCUGUCAUUCUUCAAACCACAGCCUGGAAACUUUGAAAGAAAUUUUUCAGUUAACGUGUAUAAAGUAACUGGGCAGUUCCCUUGGAGCUCUCUUCGUGAAACUGAUAGAGGAAUAUCGACAGAAUUUAAUUUUCCAAUCUGGAAGACCAAUCACACACUGAAGUGGGAGGGUGUGUGGAGAGAGCUGGGCUGCCUUGCCAGAACAGCAUCCUUUUCCGUUCGAGAAGAAAGUGGACACUCUCUUAAAUCUUCUCUCUCUCAUGCUAUGGUAAUUGAUUCCCGGAACUCUUCAAUCUUGCCAAGACGGGGUGCUUUGCUAAAAAUUAAUCAGGAGUUGGCUGGCUAUACAGGUGGAGACGUGAGCUUUCUAAAAGAGGAUUUUGAAUUUCAGUGGAAUAAGCAACUUAUCUGGGAUUCGGUUUUUUCAGCAUCGCUUUGGGGUGGAAUGCUAGUACCUAUUGGAGACAAGCCAUCCAGUAUAGCUGAUAGGUUUUAUCUUGGUGGACCAACAAGUGUGCGCGGAUUCAGUAUGUACAGCAUUGGACCCCAGAGUGAAGGUGAUUACUUGGGAGGAGAAGCCUACUGGGCUGGAGGCUUACAUCUGUACACCCCUCUCCCUUUCCGGCCAGGCCGGGGAGGGUUUGGAGACCUUUUCCGAACACAUUUCUUCCUUAAUGCUGGAAAUCUCUGCAAUCUUAACUACGGUGAUGGUCCCAGAGCUCACCUGCAGAAGUUGGCAGAGUAUAUCCGAUGGUCUUACGGUGCCGGAAUAGUGCUCCGACUUGGAAACAUUGCUCGAUUAGAACUUAACUACUGUUUCCCCAUGGGAGUACAGACUGGUGACAGGAUAUGUGAUGGUGUUCAGUUUGGAGCAGGAAUCAGAUUUCUAUAAUACAGAAACAUUUUACAUCAGCAUACGAAAUUGUGCUCUGGAAUUGAAAUCAAGACUGUAAUAUAGGUCAAUAUGGUCUAACUUUUUUCUUGAAAUACGGAUACACUUCUGAGUGAUUUACCUCUCAGAUUCCACAAGAAACUACAUUAAAGAAUUAUGCUCUGAAGGUUCAUUGUACCACUGAUUCUUUUCGAAGAUGGGAGAGUGUUUGUAGGAAGCUAACUGUUUUAACUUACAGCUUUUAGUUAUUAGUUGUUUAUUAGAGAGUUGUGUCAGAAAUUGGCUCUUGGAUACGGUUCACAUGAUUACAGUUGUCAUUGGCCUGCACAGCCAUUGCUCUUCCAACCACAAGCCUCAGAAGUAUCGGGUUGACCAAAUGUGAGUCUGGCUGGAGUGGAAAUGUAAUGGGGACAGUUUUUCUCCAUCAGCAACUCCCGUGAGCAAAUGACCCUGAAAAAAAUACAUUAUGCAUCAAAAAUUAUUUUAUACAGAUGUUUGUAAGUGAACCAAAAUGUUCUGAUUCAAAUAGAUUUCACUAUUGUAAAAUCAUCUAUAUUUAAAUGCCUCCUACAGGCUGAACUGAAUACUGUAAAAGUUCAAGUCAGCUGUUUAGCAUAGUAAAUACUAAAAUUCAAGAAAAACUUUGAAAGGUUCAGGGUUCUCAACUCUGAGGUAGUUUUGAGUGGUUUAGUGCUCUUAGUGAAGCCAUUGAUUUGGGUCUUGCAAACAUCUUUUUGUAGCCGUUGCAAAAGGGACACCUAGACCUGAUCAUGUGAUACUAUCUUGUUCGCUUUUGUGUGUGAGGCAUGCCUCUCUACUGACUUCUUUGGAUGCUAAUUUCAGUUAAAAGUCACCUCCUGCUUUAUCACUUGACAUAUAUUCCAGUUUUUAUUAGGUUGGACUGAUUCACAGGUUUAGUUCUGACAGCUCAUCUUUGAGAUAGCUACAUACU